GUCAUCCAUACCAUGCCGAAUCCAGACUAUCAUCGACAAGGGCGACAAGGGCCGAUGGAGAGUGCCAACCGUAACCUCAUCAACCGGAAGCUUGUGGAGAGUGGUCCAUCGAUGGACACCAUACCUCUACCUACCAAUACCACCAGCAAGACACACCGUGGGCCUGGCUUUACGCUAUCGUGAGCAGCCCUGGAAGCCCUGGAAGCCCUGGAGAUGAUCGUUGAAGGCGGGUUUCAGAAUAAUAACGGCAAUGAUAACAAGUUGCCUUUUCGAGCACACAUGACGAAUGGGAGUCGACAACCAUGAGCCGUGAAAUUCCCGCUAGUCCCUCUGCCGAGCUUAGUGUAUCCAGUACCAGCUGCCGGCCUCGACCAUUUGACAGGAGACGAAGUGGGAGACAAGCUAACCUCGACGGGGAUGGCGGGAACUGCCCGGAUGAGAAGGCGGCCGGGCGCCAGAAGCUGCUGCAGUACUUUCAAACGUCUGUCAUUGGCAGUCGCAUGGCAGCAACGGGCAAUUCGCAAGUCAGUAGCAUGGGGUGGCCGGUCAAGGUACUCGGUACCACCACACCCAUUGUCACACUGGCUCGUUCCUUAAUUACCGGCAUGGAAGCAACUGACAACCUCAGGAACGGGCGGAAACAUGAUGAAUUCUGGACCAAAAGAAAUUCAGAGACAUUCGAUGCUUUCCUUGACAGGCUGACCGUCGACCACAAUGGCUCCGUCCAGUGGCUCUCAAUGGCUCCAAAUGGGUUCCCCGCCAAGGGCGCUGAGACAAUCCGUUUUGAAGAAGUCAAUGACUUUGACUUAGCGUGGAGCAGAACUUGA